GGGUUUUCUCUGCCUUCUCCUCUCUCUGACUGCUUUACAAGUGGAGGGUUUCAGUGGGGGAGGAUCUUCCAUUGCUUCUCAGUGUGGCUCAAUGUUACCUGGUAAUAGUUUUCAUGGCAGCACAGGGCAGAGCUCUUCCUCACCAUACACUGUCACUGUCAACCAGACCACCUACCAGCCAGGAGACACCAUCCAAGUGACUCUGUCAGGAACCUUCACCUAUAAAGGGUUUCUUCUGGAGGCCCAUGAGGAAGGACAGAACAAGGCUGUGGGAACGUUCUCUCUCGGCAGUGGAACUGGGAUCGUUCUUGUGCCUUGCAAUGGGAUCGCAGCCUCUGGGGUGAGUCAAAGCAACAAUCAACCUAGAUCAUCAAUAACAGUCACCUGGACAGCACCAUCCUCAUCCUCAUUGGGCAACAUCAUAGUCAAGUCAACCUUUAUGCAGACCUCCAGUGUAUUUUGGAUUGCAGUGCCUAGUGUGACUGUAAACCGACUGUCCUUAGCUGGCACCACAACAAGAGCUCAAACAACAACAACUACAGCUCCUCCUACAACAACUACUGAUCCUACUACAACAACUACUGAUCCUACUACAACAACUACUGAUCCUACUACAACAACUACUGAUCCUACAACAACAACUACAGCUCCUCCUACAACAACUACUGAUCCUACUACAACAACUACUGAUCCUACUACAACAACUACUGAUCCUACUACAACAACUACAGCUCCUCCUACAACAACUACUGAUCCUACUACAACAACUACUGAUCCUACUACAACAACUACUGAUCCUACUACAACAACUACUGAUCCUACUACAACAACUACUGAUCUUACUACAACAACAACUAUUGCUCAACUAAAUCUCCAACCACAACAACCACUGCUCCUACUACAACAACUACAGCUCCCACUACAACAACUACAGCUCCUAACACAACAUCUACUGGACCUAUCCCAAACAGCUCUGAACAGCACAACUAUGACUCCUACUGCUACAUCUGCUACUCCAAGUCCUACUCCUAUGCCUCCUACUGCUACAUCUGCUACUCCUAGUCCUACUCCUCUGACUCCUAAUUCGUCAACAACUCCAACUACUGCUACUGCUACAACUCCUCUUAGACUUACGAGUUUGAGAGAAAGAAAGCGCUACUCUAGACCAAUGGGCUGCGAUGUUAGAGAUGACCCCAGGAAAUGCACCUACAUCUCUGUCACAACCUACCCUCCUUUCAUAGUGGAGAUUAGUGCACCUGCAGACACACCUAAGGGGUACCUGGGAAUCAUCACUGAAAUGCUAACUAAUCAAAUCAAGUUUGAAUCAGUGAUUGUGGUGUACGAAAGUGGAACAUUUACUGUUCAAAACGCCUUUUACAAUGGAGCCACAUUUAUCAACAAAACACUAGUGGAGGUAACGGACAAAGAACUUGCUUAUGAUCCUUAUAUAAAAAUACUUCAAUUGAACUUCAUCAUCCCUGAUAAUUUGACUCCACUUUUGCUCAAAACCUUGACCCUAACACCCAGAUGUGUAAUAGAUACUGGUCUUCAAAAAGUGUUCUUUGUCCGAGGAUCUGUUGGGGAUAAUGGUGAUCUUGGCUCUCCCUCCAUCACAUUUUUGACAGGCCUCUCCAGUCAGGUUUCAUCAAGCUGUAGGAAACCCCUUUUUCACGGCCUGUUGAUGACGUUGGUCUGUUGGAACCUCUUCAACCUUCUGCCUUAAAUCUGCUGAACUUCCAAAUGAGGACUUCCAAGUUCAACAUUUUAUUGAUUUGGCUAUUUUUGUUCAAUAACACUGUAUUUUGUAAUGUACUGUAGUCGUGCAUAUUUAUUCAUAUAUACAG